UCCAGAUACAGGGGUGGAGACUAGAAUGCAAUGAAAAUGAAAGUAAAAUUAUUCAAGUAAACAACAUUUAAGAGCAAGGGGAUUGGGGAUAUAAUCUGUCUAACACAAGAAUACACGAUCAUUUUGAUUGACAGAUGGACCAGUCAAGCCCGGCAGAAGUAAUUGUUAACAACAGUCUGGAGAACUGGAAAGUGAUUGGUGCAGGAGGGUUUGGAAAAGUCCACAAAGCCAGACAUGUGGUUUGGGGAUUUGAUGUGGCCAUCAAGUUGCUACAAUGUGAUGAGGGCACUUCCCUGCAAAAUGAGGCAGAAAUGAUGCACAGGAGUAGAAGCCCCCAUGUGAUAAAGAUUCUUGGAGUGUACAAGGAUUGUCCCCCCAAUUGCGGCCCUUCCAUCCAGCUGGGUCUUGUGAUGGAGUUCAUGGAGAAGGGGACACUGGAAUCCCUCCUGGACACCCUCUCUCUUCAUCCACCUUGGCCCCACCCCCUUGCCUGUCGCUUGGCCCACCAGAUUGCUCUGGGGAUGAACUUCCUCCAUUGCCUCAACUCACCCCUUCUGCAUCAAGACCUGAAGCCCAAUAAUGUGUUGCUGGAUAACUACCUUGAUGCCAAGCUUGCAGAUUUUGGCCUGGCCAAGGUGUCUCACAGUGUUUCCACGAUGAGCAAAGAGUUCCCUGGGAAGGCUGGGGGAACAUCUAGUUACAUGCCCCCCGAGGCUUUGGAAAAUGUGUCAUACAAACCCAUUCGUGCCUUUGACAUCUACAGCUAUGGUAUACUUCUGUGGUCCAUCAUCACUGGUCAGUCAAAGCCAUAUCCUGAUGUCCAUGCCAGAGAGUUCAGCAGGUUCUGUUUUCUCAUCAAAGAGAGACAACAGAGGCCUUCCCUGGAGGCAGUGGACAAAGUGCAGUUCGAGGGGCUAGGGGACCUGGUGGAGCUCAUGAAGAAGUGCUGGGACCAUGAGCCCUCUAAGAGACCCCCCUUCAAGGAAUGCGUCCUUGUGACAGGAAGAGUGUUUGAGAAGCACCAGAAGGGGAUACAGAAUGUCGUCAAUCAAGUGCUGCCAAAACUGAACCUGGGAAGUGAGGAGGGAAGUAAAACAUCAGGUGUUGGCACCCCCAGUGUAUCUCCAAGUUCAAAGCCACCUGCAUGUCCAAAAGACAAGGUGAAUAUCUCUGCUGAUGUGAAGACUGGUUCACUCCCUCCAACACAGGAUGUGGCUGAUGGCUUGUCCUCAAAACCAAUCGACAAAGGUGUCCAAUUUGUGGAUGAUAACAUGGAACAACUUGUUCAAAGGAUUUCCCUGGUGAAUCCAAUAGCAGAUGGCCUGUACCAGACGAAAAAGAUCCAUUAUGAGGAUUACUCUGAAAUCAUUGCGGCCCAAACCAGUAUGGCAAAGAUGAGAAAGCUAUAUGUGGCCCUGCAACAAGGAGGAUCGGUGGCUAAAUCAGCCUUUUACCAAAUUUUACUGAAACAACAAUCUCUUCUAGUCAAAGAACUGGGUGGGGUUGAACAGGAAUGAAGUCAUAACUUGAGCGGAUUCUACAGUCUUGUGUUCAGACUGCCUACCGAAGACAGCGAACUAGGACCCGGACUGGAAUUUGCCACCAGACAGGAGAAGUCAUACAAAAACCUUGACAUCUGAAUCUUUAAUGGUUUUACUAUAUAAGAUUUUGAAAACCAGUGUGUGUGAAUCACAGGAGGCUGGUGAGGAGGUGACGGCGCAUAGUAAGGGCUGGAAUGGAGGAAAUGGAAUGCCGUUACAUUCAUUCCGUUCCAACCAUUACUAUGAGGUCGUCCUCCCCAAAUAAGGUGCCACCAGCCACCUGUGGUGGGAAUGCUGCAAAUGUCUCACCAUUAUGCCUUAAACAUACCUGGAAACAUAUUAAUAAAAUAAAAAAUGUUGAUCCAUUACUACA